UCAUGUCUGACCCGUUAGCGCCCACUAUAGAAGACAAACUAAACGAUUUGAAUAAAAAAAUCACCGAGAUCAAGAAAAAGAUCCAACUAUCAGAGGGACAAAGAAAAGCGACUUUCGAAGAAUACGAAGCUAAGAAGCACGAGUACGGGGAGAAAAUCGCAACUCUCAAGCAAAGCGUUAAAGAACUCUACGUGGAAUAUGCAAACAUACGGAACAACGAGGGGAAAUCAGAGGGCAAAGUUCACGUAAGUCGCAAAUCUUUGGCUUGUGAGAAAAAACGCAAUUUAGAUGAGACAAUUACUAAAAUGCAAGAGGACAAUGUACGCUUAAGAAAGAAGCACGAUCUAAUUAAGUACGAACGUAAGAAGCGACAGCGGAGACUGCACUCGUUGCUGGAUGAAUAUAGUAAAUUAACGAGCAAUAAGAUGCAGAAGAUAUUUAAGGAGAAGAUAGAGAAUCCGUUGCGAAACAAAAUUGUUAAACUGGAAGUACGUUUGGAGCGUAUCAGGAUGAUGCAAAUCAAAGCGAACAUAGCACGAAUGAAAUAUCGGUCGAUGUGCUCCGAUCUAAAACAGAGAUCUGUGCUUUAUGCAUCUUCUUUGAAAAGUCUGGAAGAUGAAAUAAAGGAGCAAGAGAACGAAAUGAAACGUCUGGAGAAAGCGAAAGAAGAAGCUAUUACGUUAAAGGAUAAUAUGCAGGAAACAUUGAUAAAAGAAGAAAUCGAGGUUACAAAUUGUAGCAAAGAGCGUCAUGCUGUCCUUGAAGAAUACAGGGAACGCGUGUUAGAGCGAAAAACGGAACUCGAGCGUUUGGAAAAGAUGAUAUUCCAUUCGCGUCCGCGAGAUGAUUUUGACACACGCGGAGAAAGCCAUGUACAGCAUGCGGAGGACAUUACCAAGGACGAGGUGACACGACUCGAAGAGACGUUCGCCAAGCUUCGCAGUGCCACCGGAGUGUCCAGAUCCGAAGACGUUGUGAACCGGUUUCUGGGUCAGCGAGCGACUAAGGAUAAUCUGCAGAAAAUGCGGCUGGCCACGGAGCAAGAGAAAAUGGCCUUAGAAAAGCAGAGACUGCAGCUUGUCGACGAAAUGGAAAUGAGAAAGUUCUCUGAAACGAAGGACGCGGAACAAAAUGCGGAAGAAACGGAGAAACUGAAUCGUCGCAUCGACCAACAGCGAUCGCGCCGAUUAAAAGCAGACGCGAGAAGGCAGAAGGUGGAAGAUCUGUUGCAAGGAAUUACCAUGACAUUGUGGAACGUGUGCAACAAAUUUCGAGAUAUAAUCGAUAGGUUGCCUAAAGAAUCAAGCGAAAUUCAACACCCUUUGCAGCUCCUAGAUCUAAUAAAUGAGAAGCUAACUAACACCAUUGAAACUUUAGGUGGACAAGACAAGUAUUUGCAAGUAUUGCAGGAAAUAUCGAUUGACAAGUUGGAAACAGUAUCGAUUACGACUAACUCAGUGGAGGGAAAAGCAGCACGUAUAGAUGGAGGGCCACUUUUCCCACGAUUUCCAUCCGCAAUGACACCGGCGACGUUGCUUUCUGAAGACGAAGAGGAUAUACCAACUAGAAACACUCUCAAGAAACAGGCACAGCAACUGGUUGAUAUUAAAAGUCGUCGAAAAGCAUUUACUUUCAGAAAAUGAACUUUCUUAUGUAUAUUAGUAUGUUCGCGUCUAAUUUUAUGCCAUACAACUUUAAUUAACUACAAUUAUCCUAUCUCCAUAUAUACUCGCUCAAUUUUACUUUCUACGUACCAAUAUUUCCUUGUUCUUCCCUAUAUUUGUUCAU